AUGCCUCCGUUCUCCUUUCAAAAGGGCCUGAUAGUCACCAGUGAGAUCGACCAGGAGGUGCUGAGGAGCGCGGUGAAGCCCUGGAUGGACGAGAUCGCCGCCGGACGCCCCUACGUCUUCCAGCAGAACUCUUUUCCUGCACACAAGGCCAAGACGACCCAGGCGUGUCUGCUCAACAGUGUUCCUCACCACUGGUCGCCGGGCUUGUGGCCACCCUCCUCACCUUUCUUCUGGGACGUGAUCGAGGCCAAUAGCAACAAGCGCACCCACAACACGGUCGACUCUCUGAAGGCUGCCAUCGUAGAAGCUAUCUUUUUUUGCUCUCUCUCUCUUUCCCCUCUCCCUCUCUCUGUUGUUUUUCUGUUAUUCCUCUCUCAAUUCAAUUUUCCCAAAGUUAUUUAUCUAGCUAUUUUUGUUUGUUUCUUUUAUUUCUCCCAUAUUUUGUCUCUCUCUUCUUCCUGUCUGUUUUUGUGUUUUAUAUUUAUCUCUCUCUCUCUCUCAAUUUUUGUAACCCUCUCUUGUCCCUUCCCCAUUUCUCUCUUCAUUUUCCUCUGGUUUUAUAUUUAUGUCUUUUUUUUUUUCACUCUUAAUUCACUUUCCUUUUUUUAUGAAUCUAUUCGAUCGGCUCGAGCUGGGUUUUUUCCACGCUGGUCAGCACAACGCCGGUCAACAAAUGACUAUCUGUUGACCACUUCGUUCCUUCAUCUACUCUUACCACUUGAAGGUGUCGACUCUGCUUUCUGUUCUCCUGACGCACUCAAUUCGGUCUGUUCCUCGUCUGGAUUCAAUCUACUUAGUCUUUGUAUUAAACUUCUUUUCUUCUUCUUCUUCUUCUUCUUUCCCUUCUUCUUCUUCGCAGUUCUUUGUAUUAAUCUUCUUCCUCCUUGCAUUCUUCUUCUUCGCAAUUUUGUAUUCAUCUUCUUCUCCUUCUUAGUCUUUGUCUUAUUCAUCUUCUUCACAGUCUUCUACUUCAUUUUUGUAUCAAUCAUUUUCUUCUUCGCAGUCUUCUUAUUUGGAGUCUUUGAAUUAAUCCUCUUCUUCUUCUUCUUCUUCUUCUUCUUCUUCGCAGACUUUGUAUUAAUCUUCUUAAUUGAUCAUCCUCUUCUUUUUUGUAUUAAUCUUCUUUUCCUUCUUCUUCUUCUUCUUCUUCUUCUUCACAAUUUCGAUGAAUUUCUAUCUAUCUAUCUAUCUAUCUAUCUAUCUAUCUAUCUAUCUAUCUAUCUAUCUAUACCUCUCUAUCUGUCUGUCUGUCUAUCUACUUAUAUGUCUCUCUUUGUUACUCUCUCUCUAUCUAUCAUAUCUGUCUCUCUAAUUAACUUCCUAUCUCUUUCAACUUGUCUGUCGUUCUGUAUCUAUCUAUCUAUCUAUCUAUCUAUCUAUCUAUCUAUCUAUCUAUCUAUCUAUCUAUCUAUCUAUCAUUGUCGCUAUGUCUCUAUCUGUCUGUCUGACACUAUCUGUCAAUAUAUCUGUCUGUUUCGAACGAUCUAUUUAUCUAUCUCAGUCUUUUCAAAUCCCUCUGUUUGUCUCUCCAUAACUAUCUAUCUAUCUAUCUAUCUAUCUAUCUAUCUAUCUAUCUAUCUAUCUAUCUAUCUAUAUAUUUUUAUCUGUUCAUAUCUAUCUAUCUAUCUAUCUAUCUAUCUAUCUAUCUAUCUAUCUAUCUAUCUAUCUAUCUAUCUAUCUCUGCCCGUCCGUCUCUAUCUAUCCGUGUGUUGUCGUGUGAAUAUGCACUUAUAUGAGUGGAUGGAAUAUGAGCGCAGAGCAGCGGUAGUAGCUUCUUUUCGCGUCGGAAAGAAGCCUGCGGAAGUGAUGACAUGCUGUCACAAGUCGAAGAUCUGCCGAACGAUCAAGAAGGACAUUGGUUACUCCUCCUACCACAAGUCACACCGCAUGCUCAUCACAAAUGCCUCCAAGGAGUCGAGGAAUGUCAAGGCGGCGGUGUUGCUGAACGAGCUCAAGCACGUGUCCGCCGAAAUGAUGAGGUUCUUCUCUGAUGAAAAGAAUUCAUCCAGGAGCAGGCGAGGAACAGGCAGAAGACAUCGAGGAGGAACCCGUCAUUAA